CCAUCUUGCAACUAGCGAAAUUAUGGAUUCUUUCGAGUUUAAUGGCGGGAAUUCCGAUAUAAUGCAUGGUAAUUCUAACCUUGAUAGUGUGUGUAAAGAAGCAACAUCAGAAAAAUGUUUUGAAGAGGAGAAUGAAUUUAUUAAUGAGGAACUAAAUGGCGAUUUCAAAUUGAUGUUAUCUCCAAAAAAAAAUUAUUUAUCUCCAGGAAAGAAAAAACUAAGGAAGUUGAAAACAGAAUCGACUAAUGUAGAAAAUGUACAUAAAGCUUUCACACUAAUGUCAUCAAAAUCAAGUAAAAGAAAAACUUCCAAUGAGGUGGAAAUCAGUUCCGAUGAUACUGAAGAGUUCAAUGGAUUUGAUUUAAAGGAUUUAGAGAUGUUUGAACCAGGCAAUGUGAUACUUAAAAAACUUAUAGCUGAAGUGGAAACAUCAAAUUAUUUAAUGCCAAAACGUCGGAAAACAUUACCUUCUUGGAAAAACGUUAAAAAUGCUGAUUAUUUAAUAGAUGAAAUGGAUGACAAUACUACAGAUUCUGAGGAUCAAAAGGCUGUAGCUGAAUCAGAUGUUUAUAAUAUAACUGCAGAUGAGUCUUCAUCAAAAUCAGAAAAAUCAGCAAACAGUAGUUUAUCUAUAAGUUCAAACAGAUCGAAAAAAGGCCGUUUAUCUCGUGGCGCUAGCCCUGGUAAUGCGAUCAGACAAAAAGUGUCUGUAGAUAUAAAGAAUCCUGCAUAUCGAGAACCGUUCAAAUAUGGAUGGAAAAGAGAGUUGGUAUAUAGAGCUGGGGCUUCGGAAAACCAAGUUAGACGAAUGGCUGAUAUAUAUUAUUAUACACCAGAAGGUAAAAAAGUUAGAAGUUUCCGCGAAGUUAUCGUAUCUUUGACAACUAGCGACUUGACUAUUGAUAAUUUCACUUUUUUCAAAGAGCCUCUUGGUAUAAAUGAUCCACUCAAAGAAAUUAUUCGAGAUGCAAAAAAAGCUAAAGAUUCUUUUAGUAAUAAAUCUGCUAAGAAAUUAUCUAAAAAAGCCGUAGAAUUACUCUCAACAAAGAAAAUAUCUAUAAAAAAGGGAGUUGAAAAAUCUCUUCCGGGGACAGUCGCAUUCAAAGCAUCUCCUAAAACAGUAAAAGUGCCUGCAACUUUUAAGGUUAAAUUACCACCUAAAAGGGAUAUUUUAAAAAAAGAUGCUAAAUCGCCUCCGAUGAUUCCAGUGGAAAAUGAAGUUUCAUCUCCGCCAAUUUGGGGUACACCAAACAUCAGAAAACAGCCCUUAACAGAGAAAAGUUCUUUAAUUAAAUCAAAAAAAUUGAUUAAGGCGAAAGUUCAGGAACCAUGUAGCAUUAGGUGCUCAACUAGUAUGGGAUUGGUACCUAGUUUACAGUGCUAUGUCUGCCUUUGUUUGUAUCAUUCUGAAUGUGCUGGAAAACAUGAAGUAAAACGGAGCCCUACUUUUGUUUGCAAGAAUUGUCAACUAGAAAUAGAUGAUUCUUUACAAUAUGAAUCAGUACCUGCCCUAAAUCCACCACCUUUGAUUCCUAUAAGUAUUUUGAGCGCUCAAAACAGUAUGCCAAUAGAUCAAACAGGAACACUUCCAAAACUACAGCUUAUUCCUAAAUUGGAUACUGAAGGUUCUACGCAGUCAGAUGUGUUGAACAUUAGUAAAAUUGGAUCAUCUGAUAAUCAAAUUAUUUUAAAUGAAAAAAUUAAAAAAAAGUGGUAUCCUGAAAAUGAAAAUAAAUUCUUACCUGACCGAGAAUUGGUAUUACUAAAACCUGCUCAAAACAUCGUCUCAAUGAACAACAAAAAAUUUAUUGUGAUACCAAAGAACAAUGCCAUGGCAGUACAACCAGCCAUGACUUUAAGAAAAGACAAAAUAGAAGAUUCAAAACUACAUUUUUUAAACAAUGUAGAUGUUUCCAGUUGUCAAACGGAUAUUGAGAUGCUAAACCCUAUAUUAAAUACUGCAAAUGUAUCAAACAUGCAUCUUCUGAAUUCUGGCAAGAAUAUUAAAUCCACGGUUGACAAACUAGAAAGUUCAAUUUUUGAAAAUCCCGUUGCAUUAUCAGAUAAAUCACUGUCACCAAUCAGUACUAAUUUAUUUAAAGAAAAUUUUUUUGACACACAUAUUUUAUUGCACACAAAUCCAGAAAACCAAUACAAUGCGUUUUCUCCAUCAAUGAGAAAAAAAAAAGUUCUUGCUGAGCAUUACAAAGCAAUGCAAUUAGAUACAUUUUUUAAAAAUACAAGGAAAAAGCAGACACUCCCGGAUACCGAUCAUCAUCAAUACUUUAUGGUUUCUGUUUGUGCUGGUUAUCAUGCUCUUUCUCGAAUUUUUCAAUACUUAAAAGUUCAAGAAUUGUUACGUGCUGCCAGGGUUUGUCGUAUGUGGCGCGAUCUUGCAGCGCACCCUUCAUUAUGGAAAACCGUACGUAUGAAAAACAGCCAAGUGACCGAUUGGAAUGGAUUAGCUGACACUCUUAAAAGUCGAGGUACUCAACAUUUAGAUCUUAGAAAAAUGUUAAUAGUCGGCGAGGCAGAUAAUGUAUGGAAGAAAUUCAUUGCUGUCAUUCCAAGAAUAACAACUUUAAUUAAAUUAGAAAUGUGUCGAUGUCCUGCUGAUGUUGUGGAAGAAGUUAUGAAAAACUGUUCACAAUUAAAAGUACUGAAUGCUAUGUCCAUAAAAUGCGAUUCUUUAAACCUCGAAUCAGCGAGUAGCUUAAACAAUUGCAAUGAAUUAAGACUAAAAGCUAUUAAUGGUAUGGCUAUAGAAGGAGAUCUAACACCUUUAUUACAAAUUUCAAACAUUACACAUCUGAGUUUAACAUCUGUCAAAGAUCUCGGCAAAAAGAAAAUAGAGAUAUUAAAAUCUUUAAGCAGUCUUAAAACAUUAGAACUUGGGGAAUGCUCGGAUUUUCCAGAAAAAUUUGGCACUGCGGUAUUAAGUAAUUUACAUAAUUUAGAAAGACUGCGUCUUGAAAAAGGACAAGGAUCAUGCUGUACUUUUGAUAUUCUUGAAGGGAUUGCUAAACUUGGAAAUCUUACUCAAUUAGAACUAGUAAACUUUGACGUAAAAAACGGUUUUGAUAAAUAUUUGGCAAAUUGCAAGAAUAUUAAAAGACUUUUAAUAAUACCUACUUAUGUAUCGCAGUCAGCAACGUCAAAUAAUAUGAUAUUGGGCGGUGUAACUGAAUUAUCCGACAGUUUAACUCAUUUUGUAUGGGGAGUCACUCAAGAAUUACUACGAGUAACAGAAUUAUUUGUUGAUCAAUGUAAUCAAAUGAGUAAGCAGAUUACUGGGGAUUCCAUACCAGUUUUGAAGCCAGUUCCUUGCCUACAUCUGAUUGACGAUAUUGCUGAUAGUAAAACGCAGAACCAUAAAGAUGACAAGCAACCAAAUUUAAGCAAUCCACAAGUGGAAAUAUUACCAUUACCGCAUCUUCAGAAACUUCUUUUAACAGCGUUACCAAAAACACGUGUCAAAAUUUUGAAGAUUCCAUUUCAUGCUACAUGGAGACAAAGUAUUUCUGACAGUGCAUCACAGUAAUACAACUUUUAGUUUGCAUCAUCAUACAUGAACUGUAUGAAAAUAAAACGUCUUUUUAAAUUGAAUUUAUCUCUUUCUGAAUGAUAGGUUAUUAUAUAAAAUAUUUUUAGCGAUUAAAGUAUUGUAAAAUUUAUAAAUGUUUUAAUACAUUGCCUACAAAUUUCUAUGAGCACGUAUUAUUUGAAAAAUUACUAUUCUCACUAUUUUAGAAAUUAGGAAAGUCAUUAGAACUGCGAUUUAGCGAAAAUAAUUAUGUUUAGAGUAUACAAUUACAUGUAUUGUUUGAUGUAAUUAUCUCUUUCCUAAUUUUUCUCUGUACCUACAGAAUAUAAUACGAUCAUAUAUUUUAAAGAACUUGCAGAAUAUUAGUGCUACAAAUAUGGCUAUAUUGCUGAAACUUAACAGAUUGCAUUAUUAUGAAGUGAGUUUCUUCAUUAUCGUCGAUGAAUAAUUGCAAGCAAUUGAAAGAAAAACAAAGAAUCAGAGAGAUUAUGGUUAGUUUAUAAAAUAAAAUACACAAAAUACAUCUACGUAAAAAA